AUGAAAUUAGUCUUGGUGUUAUUCACAUUAAUUGGACUCUCUUAUGGAAUUUCAUCAAAAAUAAGUCAUGCUAAGAAAUUAGAAGAACUCUAAAGAACUAAAUUAGGCUAAGCAAUUUUAAAUCUUGUUAAUUUACACUCAUUGGUUUAGGGACCUAUUUAAGAACUUAUAGAAACGAUUGAAGAAUUAGUAUAAAAAGACCAUAAUAAUAGAUUCAAGAUAUCAACAAUAAUAUGGAAGAUGUUUAAUACAAAUUUUUAAUGCGAACCAAUGAACACAACUCAUUUAUUGUUCAAGUUAGUUAAUAAUUAUAAGAUGCUGAUUAAGAUAUUGCAAGAAUGAUUGAUGUGAUAGAUAAUUUACUUAUACCAAGAAAAGAUUAAAUUAAUAAUAGAAUUAGAUCAUUAAUUGAAAAUGAUGAAUUUAAUAGAAAAAAUGUAGAUGAAAUAAUCUUACUUAGAGAUUAAGAAAAUUAAGCAUAUUAAUAAUAAAUUCAAGAAGAUAAUGAUGCUAUUGAUGCAGUAGAUGAUGCCAUCAAUUUAGUAGGUUCUUUAUCCAAUCCUUCAUUAUUAUAAAUAAAGAAUUUUAAAUUUACUUUAAAAAGGUUAUCAUCUAAACAAUGGAAUCGUGUUAAUUAAGGUCCUAUGGUAUAGGCAUUACUUCAAAUAGCACUUAAUUAGAAUUUUGCAGAUUCAGAAAUUCUAAAAUAAAUAAUAGAUUCUUUGAAUGAAUUUAGAAAUUAAAUUGUUGAAGCUAUGAAUGAUUUAACUAAAUAAGAAUAACUUAAUUAAAAAGAAUUUUUAGAAAGAUUAGAUUAAUUGGAAGAUGAACAUCAUGAAUUCUAAAAAUAAAUUAGCUAAGCAUAAGUUGAUUUGGAUGCAAUUACUUGUAACUAUAUAUGAAUCAAUAUUUAGAAAAAUUAAAUGAUUGUAAUUAAUUCUUAAUACAAAGAGAUGCUGAUAGAAUUUAAUAUCAAUAGUAAUUAGAUUUAGAAAAUGAAACUUAUGUUGUUGAUACUGAUAUUUAUAACUAAAACUUCAAUCAAUUAUAAAUAGAAUUACCAAUAGCUGAAUAAGGAUUGUCACUCAUUAAAUCAGCUGAUUUUUUUGAUAUUAAAAUAUGA